CGUCACUGGCUGAGGUAAACUCAUUCAGUCCUUCAAUGCCAGUAUCCCCCUCAUCCAUGCUAAACCAGUAUAAAUUUGAAGAUGAACCAGAAUUAAGAGAUCUCUUCAUUACAGUGGAUGAUCCUGAAAGCCACAUUACAGCCAUUGAAACAUUUAUUACAUACAGAGUAGUCACAAAGACAUCUCGUGGUGAAUUUGACUCCAGUGAAUAUGAAGUUCGAAGACGAUAUCAGGAUUUCCUUUGGUUGAAGAGCAAACUUGAAGAAGCACAUCCAACACUGAUUAUUCCUCCAUUGCCUGAAAAAUUCAUAAUGAAAGGAAUGGUGGAACGAUUUAGUGAUGAAUUCAUUGAGACUCGAAGAAAAGCUUUACAUAAAUUUUUGAACCGUAUUGCUGAUCAUCCAACUUUAACUUUUAAUGAAGACUUCAAAAUUUUUCUUACUGCACAGGCCUGGGAACUCUCCUCACACAAGAAGCAGGGUCCCGGUUUGCUGAGCAGGAUGGGACAGACGGUCAGAGCUGUAGCAUCCUCAGUAAGAGGGGGAGUUAAAAAUCGUCCUGAAAUGUUUACAGAAAUGAACAAUUACAUGGAAACAUUUAGUCAGAAAAUAAACGUACUAGACAAAAUAGCUCAUAGAAUUUACAAGGAAGAAAGGGAGUAUUUUAAUGAAAUGAAGGAAUACAGCCCUGUCCACACACUCUGGUCAGCAUCGGAAGAAGAUAUAGCAGACUCCCUAAAAGGUGUUGCCAGCUGCAUCGACAAGUGUUGCAAGGCUACGGAGAAGCGAAUGGCAGGGCUCUCGGAAAACCUGCUGCCGAUUUUACAUGAAUAUGUUCUCUACAGUGAAAUUCUGAUGGGUGUUUUGAAAAGGAGAGACCAAAUUCAAGGCGAGCUCGACUCCAAAGUUGAUGCUUUAGCCAAUAAAAAGGCAGAAAAGGACCUGUUCUCAGAAGAGAUUGGGAAACUUGAAGACAAAGUCGAAUGUGCCAAUAAUGCUCUGAAAGCGGAUUGGGACAGGUGGAAGCAAAACAUGCAGUGUGAUAUGAGAUCAACGUUCACCAAUGUGGCUGAGAAUAAUCUCCGUUAUUAUGAAGAGUGCCUUGCUACAUGGGAGUCCUUCCUAGCAUCUCAAACAGUGGAUCUUCACGUGGAAGAAGAUUCUGAAGAUAGGCCUUGAGUAAUAUCUCUGCUCGAUCUCUGCCUUUUCUCUGCAGUUUCUCCCAACCAAAGAAGUGCUUUAUACAAGAUCAGAUACAUUAUUAAAUUUAACUGUUAAUAAUCAGUGAAAUGCGGGAAACCAGCUUAUUGAAAACUCAGGUAUUCUAGUCCUGAAAUACGUUUUGGAACAUGCUAUAAAUUGCUUUAUAUUGCUUAGCUGUGAUUUUACAUAUUUUUAUGCAAGUGUUUGCAUACAAUUGUUUUCAUAAAUAUUGCAUAAUUUGGAUAUAAAGUAUUUUAAAUAUGUACAAAUAGCUCCAUUUUAAUAAAAAGUUUAAUAA